ACUGUACAAUGUUAAUUUGUUAUAACUUAUAACACUGUAUAAUAUAUAAUUAGCAACAGUUAUUAUUAAAUACAUAUAUAUAUAUAUAUAUAUAAGUAACUAUUGAUUUUCAUGAAAUAAAUUAUAAAAAAUUAUGGCUGAUGAAAGAAAUUUUCGUUCCUCAUAUUAUGAAAAAGUAGGAUUUCGCAGCGUUGAAGAGAAAAAGUCAUUAGAAAUUUUAUUAAAAGAACAACCAUUUGAUAAAGCAAAGUUAAAACAAUUUUGUCUCCGAUUCACAGUACCUGUAAUCCACAGAAAUUUUUUAUGGAAAAUAUUGUUCGAUAUUACGCCAAUUUAUACAGAAAGUCAUGAUUUUGUGGCCACGCAAAGAAAAAAAGAAUUUCAUGACUUGGAAAAGGCAUUAAGAGUUACUAAAAUAGUUGAUGAAAAUUCUAAACCUCAUCAAACAUUACUUAUCAUGUGGUUAUUGAGAAAGAGGCGAGCUAAGUUGGACAUAAACUCUCAGUUAGAGUCCUCAUUGUUUAGAGCAAUGAAUAGAAUGGCUGAAAGUCUCUGGCAUAUCAUGGAUGGCGACCAGGAGUAUGAAAAAAAAAUAGAUAUUUAUUGGCUGCUAAGUGGAUUUUUGGAUCAUGUUGAUAAAUUUUAUAAUGACGUUGGAAGAUUAAUAGAGUGUACUCUGGCGCUUCUAGAAAAAGAAGAUUCAGAUCUUUAUGAACAUUUGUUACAGUUUGAAGUAUUUAAUAAUAUUCCUUUCGAUCGAUGGUUCUGUUCCUGUUUUGCCGAAACUAUUUGUGACGGAUCUCUCCCUAAAAUUUGGGAUAAAAUAGCAGUUGGAGCUUAUAAAAUUCUUGCAUUUGUUGCUGCUGUUAUUUUUAUAACUCUUCGACGAUUCCUAUUGAAUUGUGAUAGCUUAGACUGUGUAUUGGACACAAUUUCACACAUAAACGAGGAAACGUCUGAAAUGAUAGUCAACAAAGCGAUAGAGCUUUGGCAACAAAGCGGCUCUGCUCUUGUGACAAUGUCACCAAAUACCAAUACUAUAAAUCUAACAUAAAAUACAUGACGUAUCAAUUAUAAAAAAAAAAAAUUACCUGAUAAAAUUCUUUUCUACUAA